AUGAAUUCACUUGAUUUGUCAGCCGAACAUAUAAAACAAAUUGAAUUGUUAGAUGAAGAGAAGAAGGCAGAGCUACUGUCAAACUAUGAAUUAAAAAAUCCUAGGUGUUCUGCUUUUCACUAUGUUGCGCUUUUAAAAGCUAGUCGGAUUGAAUUCAUUUGGAAAAAGAAAGUCGACGGUUCAGCAUUUUGUUCCCUACUAUCGUCAGUAGAGAUUUCUCUUCGUACCAACAAUGUUGAAUGGGUUUAUGACUUUUUAGAUCUCGAGGGCCUUGAGGCACUAGCCGAUCUAAUGUUACAAUGUAUGUAUUUUCUAUCAGGACAGGACACGACAUUCGGCCCACGAAUAUUGUGUGGGACUAAAUCCUCAGACGAAACUUACCGGGAUCGUUACAAAAUGUCUUGCUAUUCAGAAGUUCCUAACUUCAUCCGUAAUAGUAGCAUAAAGUCAACCCAGUUUUCACCAAACAAUGCAUUUUUACCCACAUCCAUUAUUCACAGUAGCUGUUCACCAAAAGGUUCUCUACUCACUGCAUCGUUCUUAGACUUUCUCGAGGAUUGCUUACAUCUGUCUCUUCGUUCACUUAAGGCCAUAUUGAAUAAUCAGAGAGGGUGUAGAAAAGCUAUGGAGUAUGCACUUGCCAUUAAUCUAGUAACAUUUUGUCUUCUGCAUCCUAAUUAUUCAACAAAAACGCUAGCACUAGAUAUGCUUACUGCAUUGUGUCUGAUUGAAGGUGGUCACGUGAAAGUCUUGCAAUCCUUCGAUAGGUUACGCGUUGUGAUGGGUGAAGGAUUGAGAUUUGAGCUUCUUUUAGCAGCAUUCAGAUACCACGAGUCGCUUGAUGAAGAAAGCUACAAUCUAGAUUUUGCAGUAACAUGCGUGCAAUUUCUCAAUAUUAUUGUUCAUUCACCAGAGAAUAUAAAUUUACGAGUAUAUUUACAAUAUGAACUCCACUUACUUGGAUUUGAUGAUUUGUUAAAACAAAUUCGUGAUCGUUCUGGGUCACGAUUAAAAGUUCAAAUUGAAGCCUAUUUAGAUAAUCGUGUAGAUUGUUCAUUACUACUAGAAGAUGCUGAAGCUAAGGAGGCAGCUGUUCUGGAACAAGAACGUUUGGAAAAGCAAUUGGAAUCAGAAAUGGCUAUAGCUAGAAAAUCUGAGAGAAUUUUAAGCUCAAAGAAACUGAACUUCUUCGUGUUGCUGAAUCACUACGUAUAA